AUGAAGCUGCAGCUCUUACUCUUCGUCCUCUUUGCAUCUGUUGCACAAGCCCAGUGGAAAGGUUGUUCUAGUCCCUGGCCCAACAUAACCCCCGGCAAACAAUUCACCCUCAAGGAUAAAUGUCGCACCCUAGCAGGCUAUCCAAAGACAUUUGAAAAGGCCAAUACACAAGUCACCGUGGCGUAUACGCAGCAAUGGAGCCGUCUACCCAGCAAGACCAAAGCAGCCGUAACCCCAAUUCUCAAAGAAUCUCUCGAGAAAAGCUUGGAGGUCUACCGCAAAUUCGUAAAACUUCCAUCGAGCAUUGUCGUCAUCCUCACAACAGAAAGCGACGAAGAGUUUACGGCCGAGACUUACUAUCCUAAUCUUAGGAAGCCACCGUGUCAGAUCAAGUUGUUCAAGAGAUGGACUACUGAAGCAACGACUAAUAAACCUCGAGUUCUACAGGCCCUUGCGCAUGAGAUUUAUCACUGCGUACAAAGUCUUGGAAAACUUGGGAAUCAUCCUGAUCCGCAGUGGGUUCGUGAGGGCUCUGCGAAUUAUUUCAGUAACCUCGUCUUUCCUGACUCCAACGCCGAAUGGCCUGAUAAGAAGCAUACCGGCGUCGCGUAUAAGCCAAACCUGCCAAUCUAUGCACAUGUUGGUUUAGAAGCCUACGCGGCUAGCAUCUUUUUCCAAGCGCAAGAUAAGAUGGAUGAGGAUGAUUUGAACAAGUUUGUUCUGGCGACGCCUGGAGGAACAAGCGGGCUUGAAGAACGAGCUCGUCUAUCGCAUCUAUCAGGAUUUACUGACGAAUUUUUCACUUUCGCGAAAACUUUCGCACUACAGCAGAUCAAAGACACCAAUGGAGAUGUCAUUCCGAUCGACAAGAUUAACCCCGUUUCUGCGUCAAUCCAUUUCGACAAAGCGGGCACUACCGGCACCGCAACGCUCACAAGCACGCCGUUCACUAUUUCGGUAUUCAAGAUUACUAUUGACCCCGGGAGGACGGCAAAGAUUUACUCAUCGGCGAAUGCUAACCAGAAGCUUGCUUACCGAAAGUCAGACGCCAGAUCGUGGACCGACAUGGCCGCCGAUUCCUCUUCUGGACGCACUAUUGAUCUUCCAUGCAAUCAGAAAAACACUAAACAAACCCUCAUCGUUUUGUUCAUCUCAACGAAGGAUGUGAAGAGUGACAAAGUCAAAAUCACGGUUGCGACGGGUAAGCCGAGAGAGUGCGGCGCAAGAAGCGGCUUCGUUCUGUAUCCUCUAUUCAAUCCUACGACUAGCGGCGGGUACUGUCCCAAGGGAACGCAUUCUUCCAGGCUAGCAAUUUGGUGUUGUCCAGAUGGAACACAGUUGGAUGAACAUGUAGCGCAGCAAGUCAGCAUCUGCUGUCCAACAGGUCAGUCUCGUGUUGUAAAUGUUGCUACGCUGGUAGGCUAA